AGUGGAAAGAGUUCUGUGUUGGAAAGUCUUGUGGGGAGGGAUCUGCUCCCACGAGGUACUGGAGUUGUCACCCGGAGACCCCUUAUUCUGCAGCUGGUGCAUGUUUCCCCAGAGGAUGGUCGGAAAACAGCUGGAGAUGAAAAUGAGAUAGAUGCUGAAGAAUGGGGUAAAUUUCUUCACACCAAAAAUAAGAUCUAUACAGAUUUUGAUGAAAUUCGUCAGGAAAUAGAAAAUGAAACAGAGAGGAUUUCAGGAAAUAAUAAGGGGAUCAGUCCUGAACCUAUUCAUCUUAAGAUUUUUUCAUCUAAUGUUGUAAAUCUGACUCUUGUGGAUUUACCUGGAAUGACAAAGGUGCCUGUUGGUGAUCAGCCUAAGGACAUUGAACUUCAAAUAAGAGAGCUAAUCCUUCAAUUCAUCAGCAACCCGAAUUCAAUUAUUCUGGCAGUCACAGCUGCUAACACAGACAUGGCCACUUCAGAAGCACUUAAAAUUGCACGGGAGGUGGAUCCAGAUGGUCGAAGAACCCUUGCUGUUAUCACAAAGCUGGAUCUCAUGGAUGCUGGCACUGAUGCUAUGGAUGUGCUCAUGGGAAGAGUGAUUCCAGUCAAACUUGGUAUCAUUGGAGUAGUGAACAGGAGUCAGUUGGAUAUUAACAAUAAGAAGAGUGUAGCUGAUUCCAUUCGCGAUGAGUAUGGUUUUCUUCAAAAGAAGUAUCCUUCCCUAGCAAAUCGAAAUGGAACCAAGUAUCUUGCUAGAACCCUGAACAGACUACUGAUGCAUCAUAUCAGAGAUUGUUUGCCAGAACUGAAAACCAGAAUCAAUGUUUUAGCUGCUCAGUACCAGUCUCUACUAAACAGCUACGGGGAACCUGUUGAGGACAAAAGUGCCACUUUAUUGCAGCUUAUUACCAAAUUUGCCACAGAAUAUUGUAACACUAUUGAAGGAACAGCAAAAUACAUAGAGACUUCAGAGCUAUGUGGUGGAGCCAGAAUCUGUUAUAUUUUUCACGAGACCUUUGGAAGAACUUUAGAAUCUGUUGACCCACUGGGUGGCCUUAACACAAUUGAUAUUCUGACUGCUAUUAGAAAUGCUACUGGUCCCCGUCCUGCCUUGUUUGUUCCUGAAGUUUCAUUUGAAUUGCUGGUGAAAAGGCAAAUCAAACGUUUAGAAGAACCUAGCUUGCGCUGUGUGGAGCUGGUUCAUGAAGAAAUGCAGAGGAUUAUCCAGCAUUGUAGUAAUUACAGUACACAGGAAUUAUUGAGGUUUCCUAAAUUGCACGAUGCCAUAGUUGAAGUAGUAACUUGUCUUCUGCGUAGAAGACUUCCUGUCACAAAUGAAAUGGUUCAUAAUCUAGUGGCCAUUGAGUUAGCUUAUAUCAAUACGAAACAUCCAGACUUUGCUGAUGCCUGUGGUUUAAUGAAUAACAACAUAGAGGAACAAAGGCGUAACAGGUUAGCCCGGGAAUUGCCUUCUGCUGUGCCACGAGACAAGUCUACUAAAGCUCCAGGUGCAUUGACACCUGCUUCCCAGGAGGCUGUUACUGCUGCUUCUGCUGAGGCUGAUGGCAAGGUCUGUCUUGAUUUUUCCUAUAAGCACUGCAUGCACAUUUCUGUUGUUGCUCCUGGAGCGGGAGAUACGUCUCAGGAGCCUGGAACAGGCAACUGGAGGGGAAUGCUGAAACCCUCAAAAGCAGAGGAGGUGUCGGCAGAGGAAAAAUCCAAGCCAGCUGCAGCCCUGCCUGCUAGUCCUCAAAAAGGACAUGCUGUAAACCUAUUAGAUGUGCCUGUACCUGUUGCACGCAAGCUUUCUGCCCGUGAGCAACGAGAUUGUGAAGUGAUUGAACGACUUAUUAAAUCUUACUUCCUUAUUGUCAGGAAGAACAUUCAGGACAGCGUGCCAAAAGCAGUGAUGCAUUUUCUGGUGAACCACGUGAAAGACACUCUUCAGAGUGAGCUGGUAGGCCAGCUUUAUAAGUCCUUGUUGUUGGAUGACCUUCUGACGGAAUCUGAGGACAUGGCACAGCGCAGAAAAGAGGCAGCUGACAUGCUAAAGGCCCUGCAGCGAGCCAGUCAGAUCAUUGCAGAGAUUCGUGAGACACAUCUUUGGUGAAGACCAUACCAGCCACACUAUUUAUAUGCAUCGGAGGUUACAUUGACUUGAAAAUUGCUAGGCAUGGUAUACGGAGUAGAACUUUUUAUUUAUGAACUCUUAUCUGUGUACUGCAACUGUGUAAAUCUGCUGAUGUAAAGACAGUUGGUUUGAUUUGCAAAGAGAAAAAUAUGCUGUAUUUUGCAAAAUAAGUCAUAUUUAAUCCACAUAAUAAAUGGCUCUAAAUGUUUCCAUACCAGCUUUCUGGUGCAAAUUAAAGCAGACCAAGUCUACUGUCUCAGUGACAGUCUCAUUUGAACUUGGGGGAAAAAACAUUAAAGUUCCAGUGCCUGACUUGCUAAACAGGUUGCCUGUGGUUAAGAUGGACGGUGUAGUCUUGUGGCAUAGUUUUAAGCUGCUUUUUCAAUAGAAGUUUAAAUACUGUGAGGAGAAGAGAGCACCGAGUAUUUUCUUUCAUGAAUAUAUUGCAUGCACUAUGACAGACGGAGGUAUCAAUUUUAUAGCACAGUAGAGAUGUCUACCGUAUUACAAUGUAUGUGUGUCCCCAUUUUUUUUCCCCCCAAAUGUUAAAACUGCAGACAAAACUUUGAACUUCAUUUAAUGGAGUAUCAUGUAGGAAGAGUUAGCCUGGAGCUUGCGAACAAAAACAGCCUACUAAAAAGUGGGUGCAAAGUUAUUCAUGUGCACUGGAGCUUGUGUAUAAAUGUUGGGGAUUCUAAUCAGGUACAAGAACAGCUUCCCCUUCCACCCCUCUGGGACCAAGCCCCUGGACCAUCUGAUAGUGAACUUGUUUUGGCAGAACUGAAAAAUAAAAACGGAUUUCAAAACUGUUAUGGGAUAGUAAGUGUUUCUUUUAAAAACAGAUUAAGUUGGCCAGGGAGAAGGGGAUCCCCACACCUUCUUCCAGAUUUUGGAAUGUAUGACAGUAUGAAAGAAAAUCUGUGGGAUUGGAAUAUUUAUACCAGAGAUUACAGCUAUUUUUGAGGAGAUUUUACUGUGCUGUAAGUAGCUUUUUUUUUUUUUCUUUUUUUUUGAGGACAAUCCUAAAAUUAGGGAACUUUAGAUUGGAAAUUAAGUUGAUGAGUUAUUUUUUCUGAUUAUAAUUCAUACAGAUAAAUAGUGAUCACACUAGCCUUUUAAACAUAUCACUUUUUAUGAAUAAUAAUUUAUUUAAACUCAAGCCAGCACACUUGCAUGUACUUUUCAAGCAGAUUCACUUUUUCUAUAAAGUAAAAAUGGUGUUGCUCAUGUUUUGUAUCUUUGACACAAGGUGCAUGAAAAGUAGGACACCGCUGUUAGCAUCUGGGGCUUGCUUUUAGGAUACCGGGCCAAUGUGGUGAAGCUUUUAUUACCAGACUCGGUUCCUUCCCCGCUUCAUCAGUUACGAGAAACGGAAUUCUUCUUGUAAGCAGCUAAAGGUGGACAAUUUAAAAACCAUUAAGACCUCAGUUUAUGAGAAGGUCUGUUGUCUGUUUAAAACUGCGUUUUUCUCCUGGUACCCUUCACUUUGGCACCAACAGAAGCACCAGGAGUUGAGCCUGACAGAGGCAACUUUUGAUGCGUGAUGAGAAAUACUUCACGCAGAACACAGAAAAGUCUUCUGUAGUUGUGAACAGCCUGAAAUGUCAUGAUGUGAAUGCGUUCCCUGUAGCGAAUACAGAGGAAGUCAUUUUAACGUCUUGCAUUGUACCCAGGGCUGGUAGUUCUCCAACUGGAGAAACGGGACUGUAGCGGAGUUGGAGGCCGAGCCGCUCUUCAAAUGCAUUUUGGUGAGCAGUGAAAGCUCUUAAUAGUUUUGCCAAAAUUGUUACAUUUCUACUGGGAAUUCGCUUGACGGGGCUCUCCCUUUUACUUUUGACGUCCAAGACGUUUGUUGUCAAGAAGGCAGAGCCGUCCAGAAGUGCGCUGCUACCGAAGCUUUACCUCCCAAAGGUCAGUCAGCAGUCUCUCGUGAAGGAAUAUUCUGGCUUGGGAAGUUUUCAAAUGCUGCGUAAAGCAAAUGAGUUCCAUUUAUCUAAGAAAUUCCUGCAAGUGAUAACUGGCUCUGUAACGUCACGUGGAAUUUCCACCAGGUUAAUUAACUUUCAUAAAAAUUUUUGAUUUGGUAUUGUUCUGAGUGCCAAGAAAUGAACUUGGAUUUGUAAUCCUUAAUGUUCAAGUCUUUGAAAAUCCAUGCUGUAACAACCCUGUUAUUAAAUAAAUGGAUAAUACACAACAUUAGUUAUCCCGGAAGUAAAGUUUUGACUCUGUAGUUCAGGUGGCCGGACUUACAUGUUCUUACAACUUACUGGUAGAACUACCUAUAUUUAUAGAGCCUUACGUGUGUUUGCUCUUGCCCUUGUGCAAUUCUGCUUUGUUAGUUCCUGUACAGUUCCCCGAGUGACAGUGUAGAUGGGCUGGUAGUGGCUUUAGGGACAUGGUUUAGCGGUGGGAUGGCAGGGUUAGGUUAAUGGUUGGGCUUGAUGAUCUUAAAGGUCUUUUCCAACCUAUAAUGAUUCUCUGAUUUUAUUAACGGUUUCUAAGCAAUCUGUUGCCUGGAAUUGAACUAAAAUACUUGAAAGGCUACCGUUACUGCCACCAUUGAAAGAAGAAAUGACGGGGAAACUAUGGACAGAUAAUAGCCUCGUGAAGGCGGCAACUGAAAAAUUCCCAAAAUAGACUGAUGGUUUACAAAUGUCUUCUAGUUCACCUCCUAAACUAUUCUGUGAUUCUAUUAAUGGUUUCUAAGCAGUCUGUUGCCUGGAAUUGAAACACACAAGCGUGGGGCAGAAUUGUCACAGCAGCUAAGUUGAGCCUUGUAAAUGUUUGGUGUCAAUACCUGACCUAUGUGUGGUACUACUGUAACCAAAACACAGCAUCCCUAUGUGAUCAGAGUUUGUCAGUACAAUAGUACAAUAAAUACAGCCUUUUUAGAACUCAGUUUCAGAUUUCACUGAGUGGAGCCGAUGGGUAAGGGGGGGUGUCCAUCUGCUUCAAGCUGUAUUGUGAAGCAAACAACAAAACUUCUGUAAAACUUGCCUUUACCCUAUGCUUUAUGGAGGAUUGGCUCUGAAAGAUGCCAGAUUGGAUCCCGCAAGCUCGGGUCCCUGCUUUAUGGCAGACAGCAGGGGAAACAACCUGCCAGCCUGUUGUGCCCCUGUGGGUAACUUGAAUUAUCAUCCGGAGGGUUUGUUUUCUUCCACAGUUAAAGCCUUAUAGUUACGAGAGCGAUUGCUAGCACUUUCUGUAGAGGCUGACAAUGUCAAAUGCAUCUGCGUUUUAACUUGUGGCCAGCUAAACUCUGUGCUUUGAGGUGAGAGCUAGGUGGUGAAUGCUUCAAAGCUUAAGGGAAAACCAGAGUAGACCACCCGGGUAUGGUUCUGUGCCCCGUGACGCUGUUUGAAGUAGCGCAGGUGCUUUCAUGCUCUGAGAGCUCCCUUUUAGCGUCCUUACGGCACCCCCUUGCACCCUUUGCCUCUUC